GUGGCUCCGCGUCUCAGUCCCGACCCGGGAGCAGCAGCAGCAGCUUCUUGCUUCUCAACUUCAGCGCCCACCCGGCCUUAGACCUGCACCCCUCGCAUCUCCAGCUGCGGCGCAGGGAGCCGAGCUCCGCGCAGUAACUUCCUCCGCGCGGCUCCUCCACCCCCGGGAGUCCCGGGUGCGCACCUGCAAACUCCGCCUUGUGCACCUGCGGCCCUUGAGCCAGAGCUAUGGCCAACGCGGGGCUGCAGCUGCUGGGCUUCAUCCUGGCCUUCCUGGGCUGGAUCGGCUCCAUCGUCAGCACCGCACUGCCUCAGUGGAAGAUUUACUCCUACGCUGGUGACAACAUUGUGACGGCCCAGGCCAUCUACGAGGGGCUGUGGAUGUCCUGCGUGUCGCAGAGCACCGGGCAGAUCCAGUGCAAAGUCUUCGACUCCUUGCUGAAUCUGAACAGCACUUUGCAAGCAACCCGUGCCUUGAUGGUAAUUGGCAUCCUGCUGGGACUAAUAGCCAUCUUUGUGGCCACUGUUGGCAUGAAGUGUAUGAAGUGCAUGGAAGAUGAUGAGGUGCAGAAGAUGCGGAUGGCUGUCAUUGGGGGAGUGAUCUUUCUUAUUUCAGGUCUGGCUAUCUUAGUUGCCACAGCAUGGUAUGGUAACAGAAUUGUUCAAGAAUUCUAUGACCCCAUGACCCCAGUCAAUGCCAGAUAUGAAUUUGGUCAGGCUCUCUUCACUGGCUGGGCUGCUGCUUCUCUCUGCCUUCUGGGAGGUGCCCUACUUUGCUGCUCCUGUCCCCGAAAAACAACAUCUUACCCAACACCAAGGCCCUAUCCAAAACCUUCGCCUUCCAGUGGGAAAGACUACGUGUGACACAGAAUCAAAAGGACAAAACCGUGUGGGAACAACCAGAAAAUGGACAUUGAAAUACUGUCAUUGACACUGAGAUCUUCGACUUUUGACUGUUAGAGUCUGAACUGUGGUAUAACCAAAAAAAACAUUAUUUUUUAAAAUACCCAUUGCUAAAAAUGACAUGGUCUUAUUUUAUCUCCUUUCCUCAAUACAGGAGGGAAGCCAUUUUCAUGUGUAUUACUGCUUCCCACUGAGUAAUCAUCUCGAAUGUGGGGAGAGGGCGGUCCUUAAAUAUAUAUAGAUAUGUACAUAUACAUGUUUUUUCUAUAAAAAAUUAGUAAAAGCUCUUAUUCUCUUUAUGUUGGCAUAAGCAUACUUAAAAUAUACCUAAAAAA